AUGCCGCCUGCUGAGGAGGAACUCGGCGGCGAUGACGUAGAAAUGCAAGGUGUUGUACCAGUGCCGACAUCGACGAGUAGAGAGCUGACGACGUACAGAAGACCUUCAAGGUUGACGACCGGCGACAGCAUGGUGUUCCACCCGAGGACGGAGCGUGUUCGCCGAGCAGAGACACCGAGGCUACUGCUGAACGAUGGCUCCGCGAAUUACGAGUCGGCGAUUGUGGAAUCGACAAACAACGACCAAAACCGUGGGACUGACAGUGAUUCUGACAGCGGCGACCAAUUCUGGCCACCAUCGCCUAAGCGACCGCGCAUUGAUGAAGACGGACUGCUCGCUGAGGCAGUGCUGGUAUAUGCUGCUCUAGGGUAUCAGCAGGCCAUUGAUGGUGACGAUGCGGCGGAUUAUAUUGCCGAGCAGCCUACCCAGCGUGUUCGAGUUUAUCUCGAGAACUCUACGGACAUCACGCUGAUUGAGGCGAAGGAGAAGUUGCUGAAAGAGUACGAGCGACUGGAAAAGAAGGAAACGUCGGAGCGCGCGCUGAAGGUCACCUUGGAUGGUGGCAGGGGCAAGUUUGUUGAACGCGGCAGGAACAACGACCGCAAGGGCAACAACACGAAAACGAAUGGCGGGUUCCGGGGCAAGUGCUUUAGUUGUGACCAGGUCGAACACAUGAAGCGGGGCUGCCCGAACAAGGUCGACGGCAGUGAUGAUGGUGCAGUAUUCGCGGCCAGCGAUUUAAGUCCGGUGAAUGAGUCAGAAGACUCAGUGAUCACCAAUGCCAUGGCUGACACUGCACUCGCUGUUGGCAAGGAUCGAUCGCCGAGCUGGCCGAUACCGGGACGACCUCUUUGA